GCAACGGAGACGCUGGAUCCGGAGGCGACGAAGGUGCUGCGCGCGCAACCCGCCGUUCCCGUCACGGCGACACAGUCGCAGUUGGCCACACAGGGCAAGUGCAGCCCAAGCCGAACGCCCGAGAGGGCUCCGGGGUCCUGCCGAUCACCGCUUACCAUGUAUGCGAAAAAAGCUCACCCAAAGCGGGACCUCGUGCGCUGUGCAAAUGAGGAAACUGGCACAGCCAUCAGCCCACCUCAUAUAGACAGAUAGAUGCAGAAAUGAUGAUGGGGACCAGGUGGCCUGAGUCUUCGCCCUCUACCUUUUCCACCAUGCCACACUGCCUUCCACCGAACGCGUGAAAACUUUGGCCUGAAAAUCGGUGGUUGUGACUGUAAGCAAUGCACCCAUUAUUCCCAAAGGAGUCAGGGAAGGUGAUGGCCCUUAGCCAGACAAGAAAAUGUAUUCUUGGAAGACAAAAAAAGUGUCAGAAGAUUUAUUAGUCUUUGUGUUGACAUUCACAGAGCAAAGAAAGAAAAAACAAGGAAGUCAACAGUAAGGAAGGAAACGAUGUUAUUAUUGAACUGGUUCUUACCUUGUGUGUGUUAGUUUUGGAUCAUUAAGCCACUUUGUUACUGCACUGGCUUCCUGAAGAGCCAAAAAAGUGACAUUCACAAGUCAUGCUUCAUUGGACUAGCAAAGGAAGGACAUGCUGUAACCUCACGUCUGGCGUCCCUGCGCUUUGGGAAUGUCAACAUUUAUCAGCCUUGUUCACAUCUGGUCCUCCUCCAACAAAUGAUGAGGGUCCUUCUCCAUCUCCCAGCCCUCCUGGCUUCCCUCGUCUUGCUUCAGGCUGCAGCAUCUGCCACAAGAGGCUGAAGACUGCCAUGAGCUCUGAGACUCCCACCAGCCGACAGCUCUCAGAAUACCUCAAGCAUGCCAAAGGCCGGACGCGCACAGCCAUCCGCAACGGACAGGUGUGGGAGGAGUCUUUAAAGAGACUGAGGCAGAAGGUGUCCUUGACCAAUGUCACAGAUCCCAGCCUGGACCUGACUUCACUGUCUCUGGAGGUGGGCUGUGGUGCUCCUGCUCCCGUGGUGAGAUGCGACCCGUGCAGCCCUUACCGCACCAUUACGGGAGACUGCAACAACAGGAGGAAGCCUGCGCUGGGCGCCGCCAACAGGGCUCUGGCGCGCUGGCUGCCCGCGGAGUACGAGGACGGGCUCUCCCUGCCCUUCGGCUGGACGCCGGGGAAGACGCGCAACGGCUUCCCUCUCCCGCUGGCCCGGGAGGUAUCUAACAAGAUUGUUGGCUAUCUGAAUGAGGAGGGUGUUCUGGACCAAAACAGGUCCCUGCUCUUCAUGCAGUGGGGUCAGAUUGUGGAUCACGACCUGGACUUUGCCCCUGACACCGAGCUGGGGAGUAGCGAGUACUCCAAAGCCCAGUGUGAUGAGUACUGUAUCCAGGGAGACAACUGCUUCCCCAUUAUGUUCCCACCCAAUGACCCCAAGGCGAGGACUCAAGGGAAAUGCAUGCCUUUCUUCCGAGCCGGGUUCGUCUGCCCCACUCCACCCUACAAGUCCCUGGCCCGAGAGCAGAUCAACGCUCUGACCUCCUUCCUGGAUGCCAGCUUUGUAUACAGCUCCGAGCCAAGCCUGGCCAGCCGCCUCCGCAACCUCAGCAGCCCCCUGGGGCUCAUGGCUGUCAACCAGGAGGUCUCAGACCAUGGACUACCCUACCUGCCCUAUGACAGCAAGAAGCCAAGCCCCUGUGAGUUCAUCAACACCACUGCCCGUGUGCCCUGCUUCCUGGCAGGAGAUUCUCGAGCCUCAGAGCAUAUUCUGCUGGCCACAUCCCACACCCUCUUUCUCCGUGAGCAUAACCGGCUGGCCAGAGAACUAAAGAGACUCAACCCUCAGUGGGACGGAGAGAAGCUCUACCAGGAAGCCCGGAAAAUCCUGGGAGCCUUCGUGCAGAUUAUCACCUUUAGGGACUACCUACCCAUUUUGCUAGGUGACUACAUGCAGAAGUGGAUACCCCCAUAUCAAGGCUACAAUGAAUCUGUGGAUCCCAGAAUUUCCAAUGUCUUCACCUUCGCCUUCCGCUUUGGCCACUUGGAGGUCCCUUCUAGUAUGUUCCGCCUGGAUGAGAAUUAUCAGCCAUGGGGGCCAGAACCAGAACUCCCCCUCCACACCCUCUUCUUCAACACUUGGAGGAUGGUCAAAGAUGGUGGAAUUGAUCCUCUGGUGCGGGGCCUGCUGGCCAAGAAAUCCAAGCUGACGAAACAGAAUAAAAUGAUGACUGGAGAGCUGCGCAAUAAGCUUUUCCAGCCAACUCACAGGAUACAUGGCUUUGACCUGGCUGCCAUCAACACACAGCGUUGCCGGGACCAUGGGCAACCUGGGUACAAUUCCUGGAGAGCCUUCUGUGACCUCUCACAGCCGCAGACACUAGACGAGUUGAACACAGUGCUGAAGAACAAGAUGCUGGCCAAGAAGUUACUGGGUCUCUACGGGACCCCUGACAACAUCGACAUCUGGAUAGGGGCCAUUGCUGAGCCGCUGGUGGAAAGGGGUCGGGUGGGGCCUCUCCUGGCCUGCCUCUUAGGCAAGCAGUUCCAGCAGAUCCGUGAUGGAGACAGGUUCUGGUGGGAAAACCCUGGGGUCUUCACGAAGGAGCAGAAGGACUCUUUACGGAAAAUGUCCUUCUCACGCCUUGUUUGUGACAACACCCGCAUCACCAAGGUCCCACGGGACCCAUUCCGGGCCAACAGCUACCCCUAUGACUUUGUGGAUUGCUCAGCCAUGGACAAGCUGGACCUGUCACCCUGGGCCUCAGUGAAGAAUUAGGGGCCCGCGCUGCACAGGAAAGUUCCCUUUGGUCCACAGGGCCAUUUCAAGCAGGUUCAAUGACCUGGUCCCUUAGCGCUCCAUACCCCAGUCCCAGCCCUUCUUUGCAGCUGGGCCUCUCUACACCCCUGGGUGAAUAGCUUGCUCAGGCCCCAGGGUGGCUGCCUCAGCCCUCCCAGCUCUUAGACUCGGCUCCUGUGGCUCUCCUUUCUGUGAAGACUUAGCCCCUCUGAGAUGCCCUUCUGCUCCAGCUUGUUGGAUGUUACCUGUCCUCUUCCCAUCACAAGUCUUGGCCCUUAACCUCUAUCUUUCUUCCUGUCCGCUCACCUAGAUUGUAAGCUCCCUGGGCCAGGACUUCAGCCUGCCUCUGAGGGUCCCCUGUGGCACCUAGCAUGGUGCACGGCACAUUAGAAGUGCUCAAAAACAUCUGAUGACUGACUAAAGAUGCUAGCCGUGACACUGUUCCCUCCAAAAGCAGACCUUGGAAUCACUGCCAAAUAAGUAACUAGACGUUUACAGGCC